GAAAUGGCUGAGUUAUCGAAAAAAUUGUCAUUAUUGGCCGGACCAUCCCUGAGGGGGAGUACAGGGAUUUUUUCAAAAAAAAAUAUUUUCCUCAGAAUUAUUCACAACAUAUAUAAAUCGACUCAGUUUUUAACGCUGAUUCCGAAUCUGAUAUUAGUUUUGAACCAAAUCGUAGCUUUCUAACAAAACAUUGCCUGAGAAAGGUCUCAAAAUGCACAAAAAACUGCAUGCAGAAAGCAAAUUGCCUAGAUAUCUCUCAGUUGAUAAAAAACAAAGUGAAUAUACCUCUUCACUUUUUGAAGUAUACAUAACACUCGGAUUUAAAUCCGAUGUUUUCGCAUUUAUUCUAUGUACUAAUAGUACUCUAUAUUUCAUUAUUUAUAGUCCCGGUGUUAUUAGUUUUGGUAUCUUCAUUCACUAGAGAAGUCCUUUAAUGGAUAAAUUACUAUUGAGUUGAAACUGUAUGAAUCUUGUGAUAAGUGAAAAAAAUGAUUUUCGAACUCAACAACUCUUGUUAAAGUCUAUCUAUAUGGAAAGUUUCAAUUCAAGAAUCCUCUCAUUUUACGAGAUUCACAUAAAAAAAUACCGUAAAUACAAAUUCUCUCGAUUCAAAAGCGAUUUACUAACAAAACAGUUUCCCCUCGUUAGUUAAAGUUCUACAAUUUAAACAAUAAAAUCAAGUAUUAGUAUUCUCAAACAACGAGAAUCAGUCUUAUUAAAUAGAAAUUAAAUACUUUUUUUUUUGUAAAUCGUGUUUUUCUUUUAAAAAAAGAACUGGUGCUGGUAAAACAAAUAUUGCUAUGUUAACAAUUCUUUAUGAAUUACGUCGUCAUUAUGAUACAAAAAAUGGUGUUUUAGUAAAUACAGAUUUUAAAAUCAUUUAUGUUGCACCUAUGAAAGCACUUGCAUCAGAAAUGGUUCAAAAUUUUGGUCGUCGUCUUUCAUCACUUGGUCUUCAAGUUAAAGAAUUAACUGGUGAUAUGCAAUUAACAAAAACUGAAAUUGAACGUACACAUAUGAUAAUAACAACACCUGAAAAAUGGGAUGUUAUUACACGUAAAUCAACAGGAGAUACAAAAUUUGUUCAAAGUGUUAAAUUAUUAAUUAUUGAUGAAAUUCAUCUUUUACAUGAAGAUCGUGGUCCUGUUAUUGAAGCACUUGUUGCACGUACACUUCGACAAGUUGAACAAACACAAGAAUCUAUUCGUAUUGUUGGUUUAUCAGCAACAUUACCAAAUUAUAUCGAUAUAGCUCGAUUUCUUUUUGUUAAUUUAAUGACUGGUUUAUUCUUUUUUGAUAAUCGUUUUCGUCCUGUACCAUUAGCACAAACAUUUAUUGGAAUUAAAGGAACUAAUAAAAUGAUAGUAACAAAAAAUCUUGACGAUGUUUGUUAUGAUAAAGUAUUCGAACAAAUUAAAGUCGGACGACAACAGGUUCUUGUCUUUGUUCAUGCUCGUAAUGCAACAGUUCGUACAGGACUUCAAUUACUUGAAUAUGCACGUAAUCGUGGUGAUCUUGAAUAUUUUCUAUAUAAAGAUAAAGAUGAUGAUGGUCCACGAGAAACAAUUCAAUAUCAAGAAGCAUGUCGACAUGUAUCUCAUUCUAAAAAUGUUCAAUUACGUGAUCUAUUUCCAAAUGGUAUUGGUAUACAUCAUGCCGGAAUGUUAAGACAAGAUCGAAAUAUGGUUGAAAAAUAUUUUUCAAAAGGUUAUAUUAAAGUACUUAUUUGUACAGCAACACUUGCUUGGGGUGUUAAUUUACCAGCACAUGCUGUUGUUAUUAAAGGUACUGAAUUAUAUGAUAGUAAAAGUAGUUCAUUUGUUGAUUUAAGUAUACUUGAUGUAUUACAAAUAUUUGGUCGUGCUGGUCGUCCACAAUUUGAUACAAAUGGUCAUGGUAUUAUAUUAACAACACAUGAUAAACUUCAACAUUAUUUAUCUUUAUUAACACGACAAAAUCCAAUUGAAUCACAAUUUGUUAGUCAUUUAACAGAUAAUCUUAAUGCUGAAAUUGUUCUUGGUACAGUAACAACAAUAGCUGAAGCAUGUUCAUGGCUACGAUAUACUUAUUUAAAUGUUCGUAUGCAUCAAUCAUCAAUAACAUAUGGUAUUAAUGCAAAUAUGAAAGCAGCUGAUCCACAUUUGCAUAGUUUUCAACGAGAUUUAAUUAUUAAAGCUGCACAAGAACUUGAUAAAGCAAAUAUGAUACGUUUUGAAGAAAAAACAGAAUAUUUAUUUGCUACUGAUCUUGGUCGAACUGCGUAA